UAAUUAUUAUGCAAAUAAGUACUUACAAGUCUUACAACCUUUCACAUUGCAGUACCUGCUGCCAAAUCCUUCCGUACAUUCAUAGAUUUUUAAAUACAUUCACUUCGAAGCAGUUCAUUCAAUUAAAGCAGAGGUAAAUAAACAAAAAAAAGUAAGUUAAAACCACAACGAACUCUCUGCGUAUUACAAAAGUAACCUGAUAAUGCAAAUUUCUUAGUACACAAAAUCCAUUACUGCGCCACAAUCUGUAUAUUAUAGUAAGCGCAAUAUGUAUCCAGCAAUGCAUCUAAAAAUAUGGUAAAAACUCACUUAAGUCACAUUCACAAGCAUCGAUGAUAUAACGUGUCCAAAUAACAUAGACCUAUCAAAUAGUUUGGUUACUUUGAGCUGAUCGAUCUUAUUCACUGGAUUAUGAUGAAAAAUAAAAUGAUACGGAGUUACCUAAAAUUGGAAUGUACUAUGAUAGACUAAGUAUAAAAUGGUGAGCUGGUUAUUGUGACAUUACUUUUACUUGUGACACCGGGGAACUAGCAACGAUGUGUGUUAUUCAGGCAUAUUUACUUAGCGCGCUUGUGGUGGCGUCCUCAGCUCACUCCGCCUGGGACCCUUACAGGCAGUACAUGCAGUACGCACAGGCCAGGCAAGACCAGGCAGAUCAACAGCUGCAGGCAUCAGAGUACACUGGCGGCUAUGAACAAAGCUCCGGCUCGGAUGGCCACGACUUCGGAGGCCAGGGUGACUACGGCGGCGGUCAAGAUUUCGGUGGUCAUGGAUUCAGUGGGCACGACCUGAAGGCCCACUCAUAUCCAGUUCACCAACACGUGGAAGAAGAAAACCCAGAACAGAUAAAGCAUUACAAGGAAGUCGUUGUACCAAUCCCUAAAAACGUAGAAUUCAAAAUCAACCAGCCUAUCCUCAUCCCGGUGCCGCACCCCGUUCCUAUUCAAGUGCCAGUGCCAAAGGCGGUCGUAAUUCCUAUUAUUAAAGAAGUUUCUAUUCCCGUUGAGAAGUCGGUACCAUAUCCCGUAGAGAAACAGGUACAUGUACCGAAAAUUAAGGAAGUGCCGUUCGAGGUAGUGAAGCAUAUUAUUGUGCCAGUAGAGAAGCCUGUGCCUUUUAAAGUACCUGUUUACGAAACCAUCAUACAUACUAAAAAAGGUUCCCAUAAAAUUUAAACUUUACGGUAAUUUUAGUUUUCUUCCCACCUCUUCGCUAAAAUUACAGCCUUCUAAAUACUUUCUGCUUAAAAAAAUGAUGUAUUAACCUUUCUUGAACUAAUAAUAUCAAUAGGUAAAAUGCAGUUAACAAUUUGUUGUUUAAUGCAUUUUACCUAUUAAUAUAAACCGAUAUAACUUUGUGGAUGAGUGUGUACCAAACUUAUUUAUUUCAUUACUUUGUAUUAAACCAAGUGCGUGACUUUCUUUUUGUGUACAAUAAUAUAUUGUGAGUGUGAUUGUGUCAUGGUUGUGUAUAUAUUUAGCACUAAGAUAGAAUAAAAAACAUUGUUAUUGUU